GAGCGUCAUGGGAACCCGCCAAUGAUCGGGCUACGGAAGCCGAGGCGCUUCCUACAAGCGUGCUGGGAGCUGUCUUCCUCCUAGCGUGGAGAAUUUGGUGAGGUGCUUUUCAGCCUGCGGGGCAGCACAGGGCUUGAGCUGCCUCGGGGCCCUCGGAUGGCGCUGAGAUGAAAGCGAAGGCCGGGCUCGUCAAACCUUCCAAGGGCCCUGAUGUGGCCAAGCCGAAACUUGUCAAGAAGCCCGAUCGGAAAAAACAAAAGGAGAAGAAGAAGAAAUUUUGGAAAAAAUACCCCCAGGCAGCAAGAGAAGCUUCGAAGAAACCGGAGAGUAAGGAUGCCCGGGCGGGGGCAGGAGCGGCUCUGCCCCCCAGGGGGCCGCAAGAAUUCUCUCACAACUGGAAGGCCUUGCAGGAGCUGUUGAAACAAAAACCACCAAAUCCAGAAAAGUCCGUUCCUGCCUCUCCAGGGAAUCCCAGAAAACAACCCAAAAGCCUCCACCAGAAUGGCAGAAAUGUUUCUAAAAAGGAAGAACAUGGUGAUGCAGCACUACCAAAGGUGGCAGGCAAAAUAAGCCAACCGUCCUCCAAGGCUUCUAUUUCUUCAGGAUCUUUGAAUGACACAAAAGUUGUCCCCCAGAAAAAGUACAGUGAGACAAAGGGCAAAGGCAAUGGAACUGAAGCCAAGAAAAGAAAAAAUGGUGGCUUUCACCAGAAAAUAGGGGACAUCAAGCAUGAGAAGAGGAAAGCAGAGGAAUUAGUUCCUCCUCCACCAACAGAAUCAGACAUAUGGUUUGAUGAUGUUGAUCCUAAGGAUAUUGAAGCUGCCAUUGGUCCAGAGGCUGCAGAAAUAGCCCGGAAAAAACUGGGUCUGACAAAGAGAAAUGUGUCGCUGGUGAAAGAAGGGGCAUUUGAAGGCAUGACCAAAACUGUAGCUAUGGACUGUGAGAUGGUGGGAGCAGGGCCAGAUGGGGAAGAAAACAUCCUUGCCCGAGUGUCCAUCGUGAACCAGUUUGGGAAGUGUGUUUAUGACAAGUACGUCAAGCCAACAGAGAGAGUGACUGAUUACCGGACAGAUGUCAGUGGGAUUCGGCCAGAGGACAUCAAGCAUGGAGAAGAGUACCAGGUUGUUCAAAAGGAGGUGGCAGAGCUGCUUCAGGGCAGGAUUCUAGUUGGACAUGCCCUGCAUAAUGACUUAAAGGUUCUACUUCUUGAUCAUCCCAAAAAGAAGAUCCGAGACACACAGAAGUAUAAACCUUUCAGAACACAAGUAAAGAGUGGAAGACCAUCUCUGAAACUGCUCAGUGAGAAAAUUCUUGGUGUCAAAAUACAGCAGUCAGAACACUGUUCGAUUCAAGAUGCCCAGGCAGCAAUGAGGCUUUAUAUAAUGGUGAAAAAACAAUGGGAAGGAACCAUCAAGGACAAAUAUAAAACUACAAAGAGAGAAAAAGACAAAGCAUAACUGAGCCCUCCUUGUCACCAUUUCUGCCACCUACCCUGCCUGCUGACUUGUUCCUCAACAGCGUGGUCACAUUCCCCAGAAGAAACAGGGGCCUUCCUGAGCCAAGGGAGGAGCAGGAUAUUAUUUCAGCCUACCACCUCUCUUAUUUGCUGCUUAUGUAGCACUUAGAGUUGGCACAGGUGAAAUAUUCCCAAAGAUGGUCACUUUUUGGAGAAACUUUCAAACUUCUGGCUACAGGGAUAUGUGCUACUACUAAUGGGGAAUUUGCCCCUCUCCAGCUACAGUAGCUGUUGCCCAGGAGCUAAGUUUCUUAUUUAUCUUCCUUGACUGUGUUCCAGAAGUCACUGUGAAUAUCGGAGACCUAGAGUGUAAGGGAGGAGGUCUUUGUGGAGGGAUGCCCUUUUUUCCUGGGCACAGAGGGUGAAGAUUAGACACUGAUUCUGGGCUUAAUGAAUCUGUGCAGCCCCCUAUAAUCCAUCAACCAACAGAAUCAAAAUUAAAUAGUUUCAUCAGCCUAUGCGGUGAUGUGGUCAUCUGUGCACUUGUAUGAGUAUGUAACUAGCUUGUUAAUUAGGAUCACUGCCAUCUUACUCUCCCUCUGCACUCUUGAGCUGUGUGUAUGAAAUGGUAUUAUGGACCUUGGGGAAGGCAGAGUGCUAUAUCUAGGUAUCCGGUGGACCCAGAGCAGCCAGUCAAUUCAGCUUCUGUAAUUUACCUUGCCAAAAAUUGACUGGAGAAGCUAAUAGACCUCAGUAAUUCCCACCCUAAUUGGUUGUUGCUGCCACAAGGAGAAAAAUCUCAUCUGUGUCUAGCAGAACACAGAUGGAGGCAUAUGACCUUAUGCCUUCCCAGGAGACUUGUCUGAGAGAUGGCACAUUGUUUCUGCUCAAAUUUAAACUUUACUUUUUCUGAUUUGGUGGGCAUCUGCAAAGGGUACUUGUUUCAAAGUGGAACCCCUGAAGUAGACCUCUGCUGUGAAAAUACUGUGGGAAUAUUCUGACCUCCCAGAAUCCCUAAAUCACAUUUAAAUUAGAAUAUUUGGAUGAUGUAAAUAAUUUAGAAAUUUUAGGUUGCUUACAUCUUAACAAAAAUGUCUGUUAGUUGUUCCAGUCAUAACCUUACUGUUAACACAAACAUCAUGAAGUAUAACAAGCACCUUUAAGAAUUGCAUUCUUGGGGCAGCUAGGUGGCAUAGUGGAUAGAGUACCGGCCCUGGAUUCAGGAGUAGCUGAGUUCAAAUCCAGCCUCAGAAACUUAACACUUACUAGCUGUGUGACCCUGGGCAAGUCACUUAACCCCAAUUGCCUCACUUAAAAAAAAAAAAAGAAUUGCAUUCUUAGUCGUAAUUUAGGGUCUUUUGUUUGUUUUGGGGUUUAAUAAAUAAUUUAUUGACCUUAUGAUAUUUGAGCCUUAAGGAAGCUGUUGUUUGAUCACACUCUGAGACCAAAGGGUCACCUUGAUAGUUGUGGUUCAGGAUGACUGCCUCUAGACCUUCCUGAGAGUAUUUUCAUAAUAACAGGAGUUACAAAGAGACAUACUGUGCUAAUUAUAAGUGUACUAAGCUAGAGGACUGUUCCACAUUUUCUGGGUGAAAGGACAGGAUUUUUUUAAAAUUAUGUAUAAUUGUACUAGAUAUAUACUAUCUGAAGUAAAUGCUACUUUUUACUUUUAAAAUGAA